CGCUCCCGCCCCGCCCCGGCGCGGCCCGGCCCGGCCGGCACUCGGCGCCCGCCAUGGCGGGGCUGGGGCCGGCCGGAGAGCCGCGGCCGCUGCUGGUGAAAAUCGUGAUGGCCGGAGAGUCCUGCGUGGGAAAGACCUCCAUCGUGCGCAGGUACACGGAGCCCGGCUCGCCUCCCGCCGGCUCUCCCGCCACUUCGUACAUGGCCACGAUCGGCAUUGAUUUUAAAGUAAAGACAGUAAUGUUUAAUGAUACAAGAGUGAAACUUCAAAUAUGGGAUACUGCUGGCCAGGAGCGGUUCCAUACACUUAGUACCAGCUAUUUCCGUGGUGCACAAGGCUUUGUUCUCGUAUAUGACAUCACAAAUCUGAAGAGUUUUCAAAGUAUAACAAUCUGGAUAAAUGACAUAUAUGAGAAAGCAGGUGAUGAAGUGGACGUAAUACUGUUGGGCAACAAGUGUGAUAAGGAGUCAGAACGGGUAGUUCCAAAACAGAAAGGAGAAAAGCUUGCUUGGGAAUAUGGAAUGCCAUUUUUUGAGACCAGUGCUAAAGAAAACGUGAACAUUGAGCACGCAUUCUCAGUCUUGACUAAGGAAAUCCUGGAAAAGAGUGUGCACACUGUGAAGAUGCCACAUGAUGAUGGAAUCAGUGGAGCUUUUAUGUUCAGCAAUCAAAUGUUUUAUCCAAGGUUCAUAGCUGUUUGUUUGGUUGAUAUACACUAGUGCUUUUUAAGUUAUCAGGGCCUAAAGAUUUGAGUUAAUUAGUGGUAGAAUCAAUAUUGUAUCUGUCAGAAUCAGCAUCUCUCUAGCUUGAGUGUGUUGGCUUAAAGGUCCUUGCUCCUCAAAGUUGCAAUUCUUUUGUAGGACUGAAUUAUUGUUCAUUAGCUCUGAAAAUGUUUUGCAUUGCAAUUUAUUUUUAAGCAGCAGAAUAUUAUUUUAGACUUUAAUAGAUGAUCUUCAUGCAAUGUAUUAUCACUGCCAUUCAUCACCAAUAUUAGUUCUACAAAACUAACCUUCCACUCCAAAUACUUUUCAAGUCAUAAUAAAGAUAAAAGAGCAAAAUUACUGACAAAGUCACAAGUAGCAGUGUUUUGAUUAAGUAGCCAUAGGGGAUGGUCAGAAUAACAGCUCAGAGUUAGACUGCUUCUAAAUCAGGGUCCUGUCAUGCUACAUAGUAACACAAGUUGUAUUUGGUUAUUUUGGGGGAGGAAAAAAAAAAGGCAAAAAAAUCUUUUGGUUACUUUGACAUGAAAGUGAAGCUCAGCAACUGAACAGUCAAAUAUUGUUUAGAGCAGGAGGAUAAUGGCAGGCCCUUGAGUUACUGAGCUUGUUGGAAAAAAGUCUCAAGUAAAAUAACUCUGAUUUUGUUGUAAAUGAAAAAAACAUUGUCUACUGUAAAUAGAGAAUAUAUUGUUAAUAUGAAACAUGAAAACUACAAAACAAUAGCUAUGAUCAUAACUGCUGCAAAGACAAAUAUGUGUGAAGGGAGCAUUUCUGCAGAGUGUGUUUGGAUGAUAUCUAAGAGAAUUCUCUGCACAUGCAGAAAUGAUGUUUGGGUAUUUUUUGCAUUAAGAUUGCCUACACUUACUUUAUGGUAAGUGAAAACUUCAGUGUUACUACUCAUCUUCAUAAAAAUUCAUGGGGUUUGUAGUGUGGACAUGGCAAAAAAAUUCAGACCACGUUGAACACGUUACACUACUGCUUGGUUUUAAUUAGAGCUGCUUUGAACAGUUUUAUGCUCUGCAUGUAUGUGUGUUUGGAAAAUGUGCCCAUGAGAAUUUGUCAUAUUUGUCUAUAGUAACAUUUCACCUUAGCUAAAAAUAUUUGGAAUCCUGAUGAGGCAUCAUGUAUCAUUACUUUGGUGUAUAAUUAGCCAUUUUUAGUAAAAUGCAUUUGUUGAUUUAAACAAGAACCCCUUUAGCCCGAUUGGUUUUACCACUGGCCUGAUAAGAAAGAGUUUGCUGGGAAAAAAAAAUCUACUAUACAGUUUCAUCAUGGUUUUCAGGUUCGACAAAAUAAUUUGCCUGUUCACAAAACUGUGAAAUCUGAAUGUACUACUUGAAUUUUAACUUCCUCUAACUGAUGAAAUUUUGGAGAAUGGAAAAUGCAGUAGCAAGUGUGACUAGUAGCUGUGAAAAAUGACAUGAUAGAUGCCAGUCUGAGAUAAUUUCAGUCAUACAUCCAUUUGGUAGUGGUGAAAUACGUAUUUGCUGAUGGUAAAAAGGAGAUACAGCUUUGCACAGUGUUUUGGCCCAAGGCACCUAUGCCUGGGGAUGUCAGGCCUCCCUGCCCUCUGCAAUGGACCAUCUGUCCCAAACUGAUGAGAUGCUUCAGUGGAAGCACAUCAUUGCUUUCCCAGUCCCACAGAAGAAAGGAACUCCCUAGGACAGUCUAUUAUGGCCACGCUUUUGGGGAGUGCGUGAAGCUUACUCAGAGAUAAGAUAAAUAAGCAGGGUGGGCUGGCAGGCAGUAGACCAUUCUCAGAUGCAUUGCAGUAGUCUGUGUUAAUCUGAGGAAAUCUAGGACUUUUUAUGUACAUCCUUGCUUGCCCUCUACUGUGGACAUGUCCUUAGUAACUUCAUUCACACAAAGCACUCCUGUAGAUGGGGAAGAUUGAUGUCCAAAGUUAUAGAGCUCAUACAGAAGUACUAAACUUCUUGACUCUCAAAAUUUAGAACAGGUUGUGGUUCAGUGGUGGGUUAGGGAAAAAACCAUAUUAAAGACAUUUAAACAGCGCAAAACAAAAGUGUUUCAGUGUAUUGUCACUAUUUUGUACUGCAUUUUCCCAUCUCUUUUUGCAGUUUGUCUUGUAGUGGGCUUAAGGGAGAGAGAAGAGUUCUGUAUCCCAGUGAUCUGGAUAACUAAAGUGCUGCUUGACCUUUCAGAUACUUUUUAUCUCAGCCAUUCCAUGCUGGGUCUUGGUCCUGCAGCUCUAAUUUACAUGGGCAGUCUCAUGAAAACCAUCAGAUUUUUUUUUGAGGGUUUUUUUUUUUUUUGCUUACAUUGGUAACAGCUGAGGAGUCAUGCCAUAAUCCUGAGAACUCACAAUUUUCAAACCAAUCAGUUAGUAAUAACUGAAUGCAGAGGAGUUUUAACUUCCUCUGACUGACGAGUUUUUGGAGAAGGGCAAUAAUAACCAAUUUGAUUGUAUUUGAAAGGCUGCAGUGGAAAUAAAUGUUAAUGAUCUAGAUUAUUCCAGGAGUUUGCUUAGACAUGUUGACAAAUAAGAGUAUUUUAUUUAUUCACAAGUCUCAUGAAUCUCAGAUAUGCCUAAACCUGUUCAUUAAUAGAUGACAGCUGUUCUUUAACAAUGCUUCUGGUUGCCAGUGAACUAUUUGAACUUGUGAGUCAGUCUUCUAAAGACAACCAAAACCAAAAAAAUACCACCCAGAAUGCAGUUAGCAUUUUCUCUUUUGUGUUCUUUGGUUUCAUGCCUGGCAAGCAGUAGUGUCCUCAAGUAGGUUUUCAAAAAAAUAUUACAAGCCUUUGUAUAUGUCCUUUUGGGUGUGAUUGUUGGUAUUUUUCUAAACUAGGAUCGAGAGACAACCUGUUAAAAACCAAAAAGAAGAAUGAAGUUACCACCUUUUUCUGAAAACUGCAAUAAAACUAACAAAAACUUA